AUGACAGAUAGACGGGAUACGUCAAGAGGGACCAUUCGACGACAACCGUGCCUUGAAUUCAUUCAAGAGCGUCUGUUUGAGUUUCAUGAGGCGUUUUCCAAUCCUGACGUACGAUUUAACACAGCUCGUGGACGCUUUGAGCCGAUGACGCACAAUCAAGAUGCCGGCACCGGCAUUGAGCCACCCGGAGAGCAUGAACUUCCAGAUAUACUCCCUGAUACUACCACUAAGCAUUCCGAUCGACGACCUUUCUGGGAAGAGAUGCUCCCUGAAGCGAUGGAAGAGCUCAAGUCCAUUCGCGUUGAACCAAAGAGACUUGUCGGGACAACACGCAGUAUCCGCGCCUUGAAAGGAUGGGUUGACAUCGUAAAUGUCCUUGAAAGAGCAAGAGCAAAUUACUACGACUACUCAGGGUUUAUCGGGUUCUGGAAACGGUCAGCGCAUAAAGUGGCAGACAACGUUGACGAAGGCAAGACACUGCUCUCUCUUCUGCCAAAUACGGAAUACUCUUCAGUAAUCCACUGUGUGUUUGACAUUGUGUUUGACGCUGCUAAGAGGACCGCCAAGAUUCGAGAAGAGAUCGAGACAAGUCUUCGACAGUUCCGAGAGAAGUUGGAGGAUGUUGAGAGCAUUGUUGCAGUAUAUGAGAAGGAAGAGGAUGUCGUCGUUGCCGCCCAGAAAGUCCUGAGCUCAAUGCUCCAGGCGAUCGAAGAUAUCAUCGAUUACUACUGGGCGAAGAAAGGGAAGAAGAUGCUUCUGUCGAUGUGGCAAGCUGACAGCUACAAGGCUGAUCUGACGGGCUGCCUUGAGGACCUCAAUUCCAGCAGUUCCAGACUGAUGGAGAAGGCCAAUAUCGGGAGUUUCCGUGAGCUUCGAGCAGUGAAUAUCAAGGCAUCAGAAGGUGAACUACCCAUGAAUAUCGAUCUCCAAAUAGGUCAGAUGAAGAUCACCAAGGAACAAAAAAGACUCUCAGACGCCCAGUCAGAAAUGAACAAAUCCGGUCGAAAAAUGGCAGCUGAACAACAAAGACUCGUUUCGGCCAACGAAAGGAAUGCUACUGCGAAUGAACAAAACGCUGCCGCCAACAGACUCAACGCUACAACUGCUUCUGAUGCAAUGAACGCAUUUAUGCGGCUAUCGCAGGAAUACCUCACCAACCUGACUGCUUUGAACGAACAAAAGAGACAAAAUGCGAGGCUUGCGGUCAAGUACACACGUCUCCAUACUCAACUCGAAGCAGAACGAUCACGCAGUCGAGACCGAAGACCUUGGGUUGGUCCAGCACGUAUACCACAAGAUCAGCUUGUUCGAAUUCUCAACAUGAACGUUGAUUUUGAUCUCUGUGCCGUUGAUAGAGUAGAUAUCACUGAGAUAUCGGAGUCAGCCGCGCUCGUGAACCGCCGUGACCAAGGGAGGGCUGAGCAUCUGGUGGAGAACGCACAGUUCAAACAAUGGGUCGUCAGAGCGAGCUCUACUGAACUGCUUGUUCACGGACACAUGAAGCCAAGUCGAACAAGCGUAACGCCUUUAUCGUUAUUCAGUGCAUCUGUUGUGCGAAACCUGCGCCAGGUCGAUCGUUUCUGUGCUGUUGCGUUCUUUUGCGGACAGCAUACGGACCUCGAUGAUCCAUUGAUUGGCGGCAUCGGGAUCAUCAAGAGUCUCACCACACAACUUCUUCAUCAGCAUAACUUUGACGACGCAGAUCUUGACAAAGUAGCCCAAGAAGUGAAUUUGCCUCUUUUGAAAAGAGAUGUGGAGGAUGUCGAGGAACUCUGUCAGCUAUUUACUGUUCUUGUCCGUCGAUUACGCAGUGAUACAACACUCUUUUGUGUGAUCGACAGCAUCAAUGUGUAUGAAGAUGAAGACAUGAUGCAAAACAUGUUUGUGGAGAAGGUACUGUUUGAGAUACUGCAGUUGACAGGCGACCCAAGGGUCAAGACGCAUGUCAAGAUUCUUUUCACGAGCCCGACAGAUACGAACACAAUCUGGAAGGCGUUCAAAGAGAAGGACGUGCUAUCUUUGCAUGAGUCGGGUCGCUUGAGUUUGGAUAAGCACUUUAGUGACAGUCGUUUUGCGAAGCAGGUUAAAGGGGCUCUGGAGCCGUCUUAA